UCAGUCAGUUCCUGCUAGCUAACCGAAACGACUACUGGAGACUUUGCUGUAUCAUGUAGUGAAGCAGAGCCUACUCGAUCGCCAAAGUAAACAACCAUUCGUGUAGAAAAUAUGGGAAUUACACGUCAACUGAACCAUUCCGUCCCGCGGAAAACCUGUCUGACUUUACUCCUCGGACUCUCGUCGAUGCUGUUGUCGGCCCGGUCAAGUGCAAAUGGCUUGGAUGACAGCAGUCUGUUGUACCGAGAUCUCUGCAGAUAUAAAUGGGAAGCCAUUGACCAGGAUAAUAACGUGAAGUAUACUCUGAAGCUAUGUGAAUCGUCGCCAGAUACUGCUUGUGGGGCUGGCACUGCAGUCUGUGCCUCGAACCUCACAACACACGAGGAACACUCAGUAGGUGAGGUAUCUCUUCGGAAGUUUUCCGGCAAGGUGUUGGACUUCAACGCAACCACACAGUGUCCAGGCAGUGAAAACAAAGUCCAGAGCAGCAUCAGCUUCCAGUGCGGCAAGACCAUGGGCACCCCAGAGUUUGUCACCGUGUCCCAGUGUGUGCAUUACUUUGAGUGGAGGAGCUACACUGCCUGCGACAAAGAGAACUUUAAACCGUCCAAAGAGGUGCCCUGCUACGUGUUCGACAGCGACGGCAGGAAGCACGACCUGACGCCGCUGAUCAGCCUGACCACCGGCUAUCUGGUGGACGACGGCGACAACUUGGGGGAAUUCUACAUCAACAUCUGCCGCAGCCUCAAUCACCCCCAGUGUCCAUCGGGCUCGGCGGCCUGCCUCACUGAUAGUGAUGGCACCUACGACAUGGGCUCCCCUAGCCAACAGCUGGAACUGGUGGCCGACGACCGGCUGCAGCUACACUACAGGGUGAAUGGCACCGCUUUGAGUCCCAAAUUCUGCAAUGGACACGUCCCCGCGGUCACCAUCACAUUCAUAUGCCCUUCAUUCCGGCACCAGGGCAGCGACCCCAGAAUGAUGGCGUCAGCCAACUGUCGUUACGAGGUGGAGUGGGUGACGGAGUACGCCUGCCAUCGGGACUACCUGGAGAGCCACACCUGCAAGCUGACCAACGAUCAGCAUGACAUCUCCAUAGACCUCACGCCCCUCACACAGAUAUCUCACGACCACCCGUACCACGCCGAGUCCAAAGGGGGGGAGGGCUACGUCUACUACCUGAACGUGUGCGGGGCGAUCCAGACCAACGUGUGCGACGGCGAGGGGGGCUUCGUGUCGGCGUGCCAGGUGAAGAAGAACCAGGACGUCAAGAUGGUCGCCGGCCGCUGGCAGAACCAGACGCUCCGUUACUCCGAUGGAGAUCUCACACUGAUCUACCCGGAUGGCGGCAGGUGCUCGUCUGGCUUCCAGCGAAUGACCAUCAUCAACUUUGACUGCAACAAGGACGAGGCCAACGGGAUCGGGGCUCCGGUGUUUGCGGGCGAGACGGACUGCACCUACUACUUUGACUGGGCGACGGCGUACGCCUGUGUGAAGGAGAAGGAGGACCUGCUCUGCAGCCUGGCGGACGGCAGGAGGCGCUACGAUCUGUCGCCGCUGACACGGUUCCCCGAGGCGGACAAUGCCGAGAACUGGGAGGCGGUGGACGCCAACGCGCCCGAGACGGACCCCCGGCGCUUCUACCUCAACGUGUGCCACCAGGUGGUCCGGCAAGGGCCCGCCGAGGGCUGCCGUCAGGACGCCGCCAUCUGCGCCGUGGAUAAGGACGGUAAAGCCACCAGCCUGGGACGCUUCCUGUCCGCUCCACAGAAGACGGAAAUAGGAAAUGACAUCAGACUCGUCUACACAGACGGCGGCACCUGCCGGGAGAACGUGAAGAUCAAGACCGUCCUGACCCUCAAGUGCAAACCAAGUGACCUGGAGAGCGCCCCGAUGGUGCGGAGUGUGUCGCCCGACGGCUGUGUCUACGAGCUGGAGUGGUACACGGCCGCUGCCUGCGUGCUCUCCAAGACCGAGGGCAACGACUGCAAGGUGGAGGACGCUGAGGCCGGUUUCUCCUUCGACCUGUCGCCCCUCAGGAAGACGGACGGCGGCUACUACAACGUCUCCACUCCCGACUAUGAGUACUACGUCAACGUCUGCGGCCCACUCACCACCGCCCGCUGCCCAAAGAACGCCGGCUCCUGCCAGGUCGACAAGAGCUCCAACUCGUGGAGCCUGGGGCAGGCCGACGACCGGCUGUCCUACUAUAACGGCGUGAUCCAGCUGGCGUACCACAACGGCUCGCAGUACAACACCCAGGACCACAUCCUGCGCUCCACGCUCAUCUCCUUCCUCUGCGACCCGGACGCCGGCGUGGGGGCCCCAGAGUUCCAGAAGGAGGACAAUUUCACAUACAACUUCCGCUGGUACACUUCCUACGCCUGUCCCGAAAGACCCCACGAGUGUUUAGUGACGGACCCCAACACCCUGGAGCAGUACGACCUCUCCAGCCUGUCCCGGCCCAGCUCCAGUAGGAACUGGGAGGUCAUGGACCAGUCCGACCCCACCAACAACUACUACAAAUACUACAUCAACGUGUGCCGCCCCAUCACCGCCGUCAUAGGCUGCGACCGCCUGGCCUCCGCCUGCCAGAAGAAGUAUGAAAUCCAACAGGGCUCUCAAAGCGAGACGGUGUCGGUCAGCAACAUGGGCGUGGCCCAGCGCGGCCCCGUCAUCGAGGGGCGGGACCGCCUGCUGCUGGAGUUUACGGACGGCUCGCCCUGCGUGGCGGAUGGCCUGACCCUGGCCUCCACCACCCGCCUCCACCUGGUGUGCUCCCGGGGGACUGAGGCGUCGGGGCCGAAGUUCCUCAAGUACCGGAACUGCACCGCCGACUUCAAGUGGGAGACCCGCGCAGCGUGCGCCAUCAGAACGUCCCAGAGCGACAGCUGCUCUGUGGUGGACCCAAUCACGGGCCACGAGUUCAACCUCCAACCCCUGGCGACCAAGACCGGCUACAGGACCGAGGCCAACGGCAAGACUUUCCUGGUGAACAUCUGUGCUGACGUGCCGAAGUGCGGUGACGGCGUGGCUGGCUGCGAGCUGGAGGGGGAUACUGCGAUUGGUCCAGUGGGGAUGGUGAAGUCGCUGCAGUACUCCACCGGCGGGCUGAUCACACUCACGUACAAGGGCACGCUGGACACGCCCACAGGCACCCGGGACACCUUCACCAUUAGUUUCAUGUGCAGCCACGACGCCCACGAUGGAGUGCUGAGCCUGGAGAAUGAGAGCCUGGGCUCCAGCGCGGAGAACAGCACCACCCACAACGUCUUCUUCCAGUUCGCCACCCCUCUGGCCUGCAUCCCUGCCCCCGUGGACUGCCAGGUGUCCGAUUCCCACGGCAACGAGUACGACCUCAGCCGUCUGACCCGGAACGCCGACGACAGCCCCUGGAUCGCCAUAGACGCGUCCUCCAAGGCGUCAACUCGCCAAUUCUACAUCAACGUCUGUAAACCCCUGCCUCCCGUUGACGGCUGUCUCGGGCCCCUGGGAGCCUGCGCCCGCCUCAACGGGCUCAUGGUGAACCUGGGCUACGUGCAGUCCAGCCCGCGGUUGGCGGAGGACGGCUCCGUCACCAUCGUGUACCACAACGGGGACCCCUGUGGUGAACGGGGCCGCUACUCCACACGCCUCAUCUUCCAGUGUGACGACAAUCCCGGCUCCGCGAUCUUUGACCGCCAGGACGGCUGCGAGUACGUGUUCGUCUGGAGAACGUCUGAAGCCUGCCCCAUCAGGAAGUCUCAAGGCGAUGACUGCCAGGUGCUGGAGCCCCACAGCGGGCACCUGUUCAACCUGAGCGCCCUGGAGGGGAGGGACUACCCGGUGCAGAGCGGGGAAUACACCUACCACCUGUCUGUGUGCGGGGGGCUGCAACGGGGCAUCUGCACCCACAAGGACACGGGCAACGACCGCGUGGCCUCCUGCCAGGUGAAGGGGGCCGUCCAGAAGAUAGCAGGGAUGGCGUCUCAGACUCUGAGCUACGUGGGGGACCAGCUCAUCCUGAACUACACCAUGGGCGAGACCUGCCACAAGAUUUACAACCGCUCCACUGAGGUCUACUUCUCCUGCCACCCCGACCAGCAUCCAGGGGCGCCAGAGUUCAUCAAGGAGACCCCGGAGUGCACCUACAUGUUUAACUGGGAAACAGCUCUGGCCUGUGUCCCUGUGAAGAAAAUAUCCUGCUCCUACAACGACGGCAAGGGCAGCUCCUACGACCUGUCCUCCCUGGCCCUGGAUAACACCAACUGGGUGGGGGAGAGCACCACCCCGGGCUCCUCCACCACGCAGCAGCGCUUCUACAUCAACAUGUGCCGGUCCCUGGUGCCGCAGGGGGGCUCGUGGAAGUGUCCGUCGGGCGCGGCCGCCUGCCUCAAGGAGGGGGACCAGUACGUGGGCCUGGGGGAGGCCAACGCGGGGCCCAGCUUCGAGCGUGGCGUGCUGCAGCUGAAGUACACCGGUGGAGCGCUCUGCCCUGACGACCUCCGCAGCAAGAGCGCCGUCAUCCGCUUCCAGUGCGACAAGGACAAGGUGGACUCCCGGCCCAUCCUCGUCACGGCGAUCGAGGACUGUGUGUACACCUUCAUGUGGUACACCGUGGCCGCCUGCCCUCUCAACAGCAACAUGCACGGCGCCUGUAGGGUCACCAACCCCGCUACAGGGCAUCAGUUUGACCUUAACCCUCUGUCCGUGGAGGGGGGCUACACCAUUUACGACCACGCCGACCACCAGAAGAUGAUCCGCCUGAACAUCUGCGGAGAGCUGCCCAACUCCGGGUGCAGCGAGGGCACAGGUGUGUGCAUCAAGACCGUCAGAACUUCGGUGAGCGGGGGCCAGACCAGCAGGAAGCUGUCCUACGUGGACCAGGUGCUGGAGCUUACUUACGAGGGCGGAGACGCCUGCGAAGCCAACCCGGCCCUCAAGCACAAGAGCGUCAUCAGCUUCAUCUGCAGGUCUGCAGGCUGGGGUACGGCCUCCACACAGCCUGUCCACGUGGACUCUGAUUCAAGCACCUGCACCCACUUCUUCUCCAUGCACACAACCCUUGUCUGUGAGCAGCCGGUGACCUGCUCCGUCCAGAAUGGCUCCACCCUCAUUGACCUGAGCCCCCUGAUCCACGCCACUGGCUAUUACAGUGCCACGGAUGACGAGCUGACCCAGAAUGAGGACGACGGUAUCCCAGACUUCUACAUCAACAUCUGCGAACCCCUCAACCCCAUCCCUGGCGUGGCCUGCCCCCCCGGGACCACCGUCUGCAUGGACCCUGACGACGCAGCGCCUGUGGACAUCGGGAGGACAACCAAUGGCCCGCGUUUUGACAGCGCCACCAACGAGGUGUCAAUCACCUACAAUAGCUCCACGCCCUGCAGCGCUGACCCCUCCCUGAACUACACCUCCACCAUUGUCUUCAGCUGCCAGAGGGGCCUGGAUCUGGGCUCCCCCCGCAUGCUGCAGCAGCAGGGCUGUGUGUACCUGUUCGAGUGGGCCACGCCCGUGCUCUGCCUCGACGCCACCCACACCAGCGGCUGCCAGCUCACAGACUCUCAGAUGCAGUUCACCUUCGACCUCUCGCCCCUCAAGGGGGAGAUCCAGGUCCCGGCCGGCCCGGGGGUCUCCAGGGUGUACCGGCUCAACGUGUGCGGCUCGGUGGCAGAGCCCGCCUGCAAGGGCAGCGCGGUGUGCCAGGUGUCCAGCUCCGGGGGGCCGGCGGUGCCCCACACGGCCGUGUCCUUCGGCCGCAGCCAGGCCAUGACCCUGGACUACCGGCACCAGGAGGGGGCGCUGCUCAUGCAGUACGGCGGGGGGGACCUCUGCCCAGCGGUGACGCUGGAGGAGAAGCAGUGCGUGUUCCCGUUCGUCUUCCAGAAGAAGUCGUACAUGAAGUGCACGGUGCAAGGCCGCACGGACGGCAGGCUGUGGUGCUCCACCACCGCCAACUACGACCAGGACAAGCAGUGGGGGUUCUGCGGGAAAGUGUCAGGCAAGCGCCAGACCUCCAUCCUGCUGACGUGUGACCAGGGGGCGGGCCAGGGCUCCCCCCAGCUGCUCUCGGAGACGGGGGGCUGCGCGGCCAGCUUCCGGUGGGCCACCAGCAAGGUCUGCCCCCCCAGCAAGAUGGAGUGCAAGCUGGUGAGCCAGCACCAGACCUACGACCUGCGCACGCUCUCCUCGCUCACCGAGCCCUGGAAGUUCAGCCACCAGGGGGACGCGUACUACAUCAACCUGUGCCGGGCGGUCCGCGGGGGGCUGACGGGCUGCCCCAGCAGCGCCACCGUGUGCCGCCACACGGCGGCCGGCGCCACCCAGGCGCUGGGCCGGGUCUACACACAGAAGAUGAGCCACGCCGACAACCGGGUGCUGGUCAACUACUCCAUGGGAGACAGGGUGUGUGGCAACGGUAAGGAGGCCCAGACCGUGAUCCAGCUGACCUGCGGCUCCACCGUGGGACGCCCCACCCUCAUCAGCUUCGACGAGGCGGCGUGCGUGUUCACCAUCGGCUGGGAGACGCGGGCCGCCUGCGUGGUGAAGCAGCGGGAGGUGGAGAUGGUCAACGGGACCAUCAGGGUCCCCGACACGGGCACCCAGCUCAGCCUCGGGGUGCUCUACUUCAGUGCCCACCAGGCGUCGGGGGACAAACGGCCCAACGGUGACAGCUACGUCUACCAGAUCCAGCUGUCGGGCAUCACCAACAGCUCUCUGAGCAGCUGCAACGGCGCCAACAUCUGCCAGGUGCAGUUGAACGGCAACUACCACCGCAAGAUCGGCUCGUCCAGCAAGGCCAAGUACUUCAUCAAAGGGGCCAACCUGGACGUGAUGGUGCCCUCGGAGUCGGUGUGCGGCCGGGAGAAGACCAAGAAGGCCUCGUCCACCAUCAUGUUCCACUGCAGCCCCACGGCGGGCGUGGGCAUCCCCGAGUUCAUGCUGGAGACGGACAGCUGCCAGUACCUCUUCGUCUGGCACACCACCGCCGUCUGCGACCUCAUCUCUGCCGACCGGGCGGAGGCGACCACCCAGGACGUGGACCCGGCGCUCGGCCUCUCGGGGCGGAGCCAGGCCAUGGGGGCGGUCCUCUGCGUCCUGCUGGCGGUGCUGGUGGCGUGUCUGCUAGGCCUGCUGCUCUACAAGAGGGAGAGGAGGGCACUGGUGAUCCAGAAGGUGGCGGCAUGCUGCCGGAGAGGGAACCAGGUGUCCUAUAAAUACUCCAAGGUGGACAUGGACGACCAGGGCGGCCAGGACGAGAUGGAGUGGCUCAUGGAGGAGCAGGACCCCCCGCCCACCUCCUCCGACCCCGCCUCCUCGUCCCGCCACGGCGCCGGCAGAGGCGGAGCCAACGGCCACAUCACCGCCAAGCCGGUGAACGGCCUGCGCUCGCUGGCCUUCGGCGGGGGCGGGGCCGGCGGCGCGGAGGAGCUGGACGACGACGACAGCGAGGACGAGGUGCUGAGCGUGCCCGGCGUGCGCGUCUUCAAGGCCCCGCCCCCCAGCAGCGCGCCCCUCUCCGCCGCGCUGCGCAGCGUCUUCAUGCAGGAGGAAAGCGACGAGGACCUGGUCGGUCUGCUGGACGAUUCUGACGGGAAGAGGGACUCCAGAGGGUCCAGCUCAUCACGGGCCUACCACCCCGGCCCCCCCGCCCCCGUAGAUCUCAACCCGGUGCAGGGCCGGAGGCAGGACGACGACGACGACGACGACAGCGACGAGGACCUCUUGAGGGUGUGAGGUCACUUCCUCCCCGCAACCACCACCAACGCCGCCGCCGUCGUCCAAUCAGAACUCACUCCUCCGCUGUGCAGUUUUUCCCGGCUCUGUUUUCUUGUUCCUCUCGAUGGAGAGAACGACGGUGAGGUGGAAUAGGACUGUGUCUCUACCCCCCCCCCCCCAAGCCAUAACCAAA